AUGCAGUUGACUCCCAGCCUCCGUGGACACAAUGGCGCAAUGCUCCCCGGUCUUUGUCCAACAAUCCCCCCUCAAACGCGCGCUCCCCCUUCCCUCGACCACUGCUCUCUUCCAGAAGCUGACGUCCGCCCCUCGUGCCAGGCCCAAACCCCGCAGCAGCGUCUCGCCAACGAGCGCUUCGCCAAGUCCGAGGCGUCCAAGCGCGGCAAGCCGCAGGCGACCGUGAAGAAGCAGGAAGUGCAGAAGAGCCCGAUCAGCACGGGCUGGAUCGCUGUCCUCGCCUUCAUCCUCUGCGGAGGAGUUCUCUUCGAGCUUCUGCGCCUGUUCUUCUAG